GAGUGCUCCCUGGCCCCUAUGCAAACUUCUGGAUCAUGAACAGUUCCUGGAGAGGGACCCAGACAGAGGCACCCCCGCUGAGGUGCUGGGAUCCACCCUUAGAGGGGCUGUCUGAAGCAGGACUUGCACGCCUAUUGAAGUUGCCAUCUGAGGGCAAGAGCAGGUUUCCCGUCUUCGGGACCUCUCCCAGGUCUGAGCUGUCUCUGUGUACCUUCCAUGAACAAAUCGGCCCCAGAGGAGUCUCUCGUAGGUGAAGGCCCAGUGUCCCAAGGCCACACUCAAUGCUGCCUGUCUGAAGUUGAAUCCAGAGAGCAGCUGGAGGAAGAGGAGGACAAGGAAGAGUCGGGGAGAAAGAGAAAACAGGAAGACAGUGAUGGAGCCCACGCCUCACCCCUUAGAAGAUGUGGGGCUUUCCGCACCCAUAACCACACCAAUGAGUCCUUCAAAAGACACAGUUGGGGACCUGACAAGGAUUUACAGGACCCAAUGAGCAGGAGGAGACUGCAGUCCUUGGGAUGCCCAGGUUCCCAAGAAGACCCCUUUCUGCAGAGCCACAAGGAAUUGGACACCUUUCUGGGAGCGCAGCAGCCGCCGCAGCAGCCGCAGCUGUGUUAUCAACCCUCCCACCCGGCCCCUGGUCUGCUGCCCAAGGCUGUGUCCAUGAGCGGCAUCAAUUUCCUCUUGGACUGCUUAGAUUCAGAUGCAGGUAACUCGUUCCCGUCCUCUGCCACAGACCUCAGCAAAUGUGGUAACCAGCUGGAAGAGGACUCAGGGGCCUGGGCAGGCUCCUCCCUGCGACGAACCUUCAGUUUCCUCUUGGGCAUGACAGGCAAGGCCAAGACCCGGGAAAAGGAGAAGAUGAAGGAAGCCAAGGAUGCUCGCUAUACCAACGGCCACCUCUUUACCACCAUCUCAGUCUCGGGCAUGACUAUGUGCUACGCCUGUAACAAGAGCAUCACAGCCAAGGAAGCCCUCAUCUGCCCAACCUGCAAUGUGACUAUCCACAACCGCUGUAAAGACACCCUGGCCAACUGUACCAAGGUCAAGCAGAAGCAACAGAAAGCUGCUCUGCUGAAGAACAACACUGCCCUGCAGUCUGUUUCUCUCCGAAGUAAGACAACCACCAGAGAGCGACCAAGCUCCGCCAUCUACCCUUCUGAUAGCUUUCGGCAGUCCCUGCUAGGUUCACGGCGUGGCCGCUCCUCCUUGUCUUUGGCCAAGAGUGUUUCCACCACCAACAUUGCUGGACAUUUCAAUGAUGAGUCUCCCCUGGGGCUGCGUCGGAUCCUCUCCCAGUCCACAGACUCCCUCAACAUGCGGAACCGAACCCUGUCCGUGGAAUCCCUUAUUGAUGAAGGUGCAGAAGUGAUCUACAACGAACUCAUGAGUGACUUUGAGAUGGACGAGAAGGACUUUGCGGCAGAUUCGUGGAGCCUUGCGGUGGACAGCAGCUUCCUGCAGCAGCAUAAGAAGGAGGUGAUGAAGCAGCAGGAUGUCAUCUACGAGCUGAUCCAGACAGAGCUGCACCACGUGAGAACACUGAAGAUCAUGACACGCCUCUUCCGCACCGGGAUGCUGGAAGAGCUGCAGCUGGAGCCGGGAGUAGUCCAGGGCCUGUUCCCCUGCGUGGAUGAGCUCAGUGACAUUCACACACGCUUCCUCAGUCAGCUGUUGGAACGCCGGCGUCAGGCCCUAUGUCCAGGCAGCACCCGGAACUUUGUCAUCCAUCGUCUGGGUGACUUGCUCAUCAGUCAGUUCUCAGGUUCCAGCGCAGAGCAAAUGCGCAAGACCUACUCGGAGUUCUGCAGCCGCCACACCAAGGCCUUAAAGCUCUAUAAGGAGCUGUACGCUCGAGACAAGCGCUUCCAGCAGUUCAUCCGGAAAGUGACCCGCUCAGCUGUGUUGAAGCGACAUGGGGUCCAGGAGUGCAUUCUGCUGGUGACUCAGCGGAUCACCAAAUACCCAGUGCUCAUCAACCGGAUCCUGCAGCAUUCUCACGGCAUUGAGGAAGAGUGCCAAGACCUGACGGCAGCACUAGGCCUGGUGAAGGAGCUGCUGUCCAAUGUGGACCAGGACGUGCACGAGCUGGAGAAGGGGGCCCGCCUGCAGGAGAUCUACAACCGAAUGGACCCUCGGGCUCAGACCCCUGUGCCUGGCAAGGGCCCCUUCGGCCGAGAGGAACUUCUGCGGCGUAAACUUAUCCACGACGGCUGCCUGCUCUGGAAGACAGCCGCAGGUCGCUUCAAAGAUGUGCUGCUGCUGCUGAUGACAGAUGUGCUAGUGUUUCUCCAGGAAAAGGACCAGAAGUACAUCUUUCCUGCUCUGGACAAGCCUUCGGUGGUAUCCUUACAGAAUCUGAUCGUAAGAGACAUUGCCAACCAGGCGAAAGGGAUGUUUUUGAUCAGUGCUGGCCCGCCUGAGAUGUACGAGGUGCACACAGCGUCCCGAGAUGACCGUAGUACCUGGAUUCGUGUCAUUCAGCAGAGCGUGCGCGUAUGCCCCUCUAGGGAGGACUUCCCUCUGAUCGAGACAGAGGAUGAGGCCUACCUCCGGAGGAUCAAGAUGGAGCUGCAGCAAAAGGACCGGGCGCUGGUGGAGCUGCUGCAGGAGAAGGUCGGACUGUUUGCUGAGAUGACUCACUUCCAGGCAGACGAAGAUAGUGUCAGUGGGAUGCCCCUGCCCGCCCUGCCCAGGGGCCUUUUCCGUUCUGAGUCCCUUGAGUCCCCUCGAGGCGAGCGGCUGUUACGAGAUGCCAUCCGUGAAGUGGAAGGCCUGAAAGACUUGCUGGUGGGGCCUGGUGCUGAUCUGCUUUUGACACCCCGAGAACCAGCUUUACCUUUGGAACCUGAUAGUGGCAACACCAGUCCUGGGGUCACUGCUAAUGGAGAGGCCAGGACUUUCAAUGGCUCCAUUGAGCUCUGUAGAGCAGACUCAGAUGCCAGCCAAAAGGAUCGGAAUGGAAAUCAGUUGAGGUCACCCCAGGAGGAGGCGUUACAGCGAUUGGUCAAUCUCUACGGACUUCUUCAUGGCCUUCAGGCUGCUGUGGCCCAGCAGGACACUUUGAUGGAAGCCCGAUUCCCCGAGGGUCCUGAACGAUGGGAAAAGCUAUCCCGAGCCAACUCUAGGGAUGGCGAAGCUGGCCGGGCUGUGGUUGCUCCUGCGGCUCCUGAGAAGCAGGCAACGGAACUGGCCCUGCUGCAGCGGCAACACACGCUGCUUCAGGAGGAGCUGAGACGCUGCCGGAGGCUGGGUGAAGAGCGGGCAACUGAAGCUGGCAGCCUGGAGGCCCGACUCCGGGAGAGUGAACAAGCCCGGGCCCUGCUGGAGCGGGAGGCUGAAGAGGCCCGCCGACAGCUGGCAGCCUUGGGCCAAAAUGAGCCACUCCCAGCGGAGGCCCCCUGGGCCCGCAGGCCUCUGGACCCUCGGCGACGCAGCCUUCCAGCAGGCGAUGCUCUCUACUUGAGCUUCAAUCCCCCUCAGCCCAGCAGAGGCCAUGACCGCCUGGAUUUGCCUGUGACUGUCCGUUCCCUCCCUCGACCCUUUGAAGACCGAGAGAGGCAGGAGCUUGGUAGCCCCGAGGAGCGGCUGCAGGACAGCAGUGACCCCGACACAGGCAGUGAGGAGGAAGGUGGUAGCCGCUUAUCCCCACCCCACAGUCCUCGAGACUUCACCCGAAUGCAGGACAUCCCGGAGGAGACAGAAAGCCGAGAUGGGGAGCCUACAGCUUCGGAGAGCUAAGGGGACCCCACCACCUGCCUGGUGCCCCACUGAAGAACAUUAAUUAGUAAAGGGGUCAAACCUUGGGGUCCCCAUUCUGCCAAUAAUGAGGGAAUAUUUGAAAGAACUGCUGAUUGUCCUUGCCAGCUCCUGGGAUCCUUGGAUGCCUAUGGCCAUGUGGGACUGGGGAGUUAGAGGCCACAGCCCCCAGGUGGCAUCCAAGAGCUACACCACAGAUGCCAGUUUUCAUGCCUUCUUCCCUCUACUUAGGAAAAAUUAUUUAUUUAUUGUUUAUUGGUUAUGUGGGGGAGAGUGAGACUUAAAGGGCCAGGGACAUGGGAACCAAGCCAUAGGGACCAGGGCCUUUCCUUUCGCACCGCUGGGACAUGUGUAGCUUAGCCACGAGCUGCUGCUCCGGGCUAACACCCACUCCAGCGACUCCCGUCCGUGGCCACAGAAUCUACUGCCCCUUUAAGGAGGGCUGUGGGUAGGCCUGUGUCCCUUUCCCCACUCUCCUUAGGCUCCUCCUGCUGGUCUUCCUUCUCUUCAUCCUCCAUGGAAAUCCGGCUCCUUGGGGUUGAUGGAGUCGAGGCUAGGGUGGCCAUGAUGUAUUGGGGUGGGGGAGGGAAAAUCUACAGGGACCAGAAUGUUUUGUUUUUGUUUUCUUUUUUUGUACCAAAGCCAACUGCACGUGUUUUAUAUUUUUAAAAGAAGAUUGUAGGUACUUCUA